AUGAUUAAUGUUAAUAUAGGGGUAUUAGGACAUGUAGAUUCUGGGAAAACAAGUUUAUGUAGGUGCUUAAGUGAAGUUUUGAGUACCUGUGCUUUGGAUAAGCAUAGGCAAAGUCAAGAAAAGGGAAUAACCAUUGAUCUUGGGUUUUCAUCAUUUUAUAUAAAAAAAAAAAAAAGCCAAAUUGCAACUAGCCAAAAUCAACAUGGGGAAACCCAAAACAAUAAAAUAAUAUACAAACACAAGUCAAACAUAAAUGAACAUAUUCCCGAUCAAAAUAACGUAAAAAGAGAGGAUAUUAAUAAUGAUUGUGAAGGGGGUAUAAAUAUAUCGGACGAAAACCCUGAAGAUGAAAUAAUACAAAUAUGUUUAGUAGAUUGCCCUGGCCAUCAUUCCCUAAUCAAAUGCAUAGUAAUGGGAGCAAAAAUUAUGGAUAUGAUUUUUUUAGUUAUAGAUAUAAAUAAAGGUAUACAAAAACAAACAAUAGAAUGCCUAGUUUUAUGCCAAUUUGUAAAAAGUGAUAUUAUUAUUAUUCUAAAUAAAAUUGAUUUAAUACCUUUACAUGAAAGGAAUAAAAAAAUAAAUUCCAUGAAAAAAAAAAUUAAAGACGCAAUAAAUAGAACAUCUCUAAAAAAGCUAUCAUAUUACAUAGUCAGCUUAUCUGCUAACAGUAAAAAUACAGGUGCUGAUGAAGUGGGUGAUUCUGAAAUGGGGGAAAAGGCAAACUCUAUAUGUAAAGACACUCCAAACGAAUUUAAUCCUCGUUCCAGCAUUUUAAAAAAAGAAAAACCUGCAAGUGAAAAUAUAAAUGAACUUAUAGAACUGUUAAAAAGUGUUAUAAAAAUCCCAGUAAGAGAAAAUAAUCCAAGUUUUGAAGAUUUUUAUUUUUUAUAUGACCAUUCAUUUGAAAUCAAGGGGAAAGGUAUGGUAUAUACCGGAACUGUUAUAAAAGGGAAAAUAACAAUAAAUUCGGAUAUUUCAAUAUUGCCUUUAAAUAUAAAAGGAAAAAUUAAAGAUAUACAAAGCUUUAAAAAAAAAAAAAAAGAAGGCACAUCAGGUAAUAGAUUAUCAUUUUUAAUAUCACAUGAUAAUAUUAAAAAUUUGAAAAAAGUAGAAAGAGGUAUAAUUGUUCAUGAAAAAUCGAGUAUAUGUAAUUUUACUGUGUUUAUUUGUAAAGUAAAAUUAAUUGAAUUUUAUAAAAAAAGUAUAAAAAACAAAGAAUUGUUAACAUGCAUAAUUGGUUUUGCUUCAUCUCAUUCUUAUGGUUUCUUUUUUAAAAAGUUAAAAGAAGAACAAGAAAAGGAACACGAAAAUAAUUUCCAGCACAAUGGGAAAACAAAUUCCACUUCCCUUUCAAACAAUAUUGGGUUUGAUAGAAAUGGGAAUUACUUAAUUAUUGAUGAGGUGGAAUAUUUUAACAAUAUAAAUGAUGAAACAAUUUCAGAGAGUGAUUUAUUUGAAGAUGAAAAAGAAGACGAAAAAAAAGAAGAAAUAUAUUUUUUAGUUGUCUUAAAUAAAAAAAUGUAUGGAUUUAACGGUGAAAAAUGCAUAUUUUUAAAAAACGAUGAAAAUAUAAACUGCAGAAUAUGCUUACAUGGUAAUAUAGUAGACAUAAUUAAAGAUAGUGCAAUAAAUUCCAAAAUUAAUAAUUCCACAUUUGUUAUGAACAAAAAGCCAUGUUUAAAUGAACAUGAAGAUUAUAAAAAUUUUAAAAUAAUGAAAGAAAAAGAAAAAAUUGGAUUAAUUGAAAAACUAAUUGACAACACUACUUUAUUAUGUAAAAAUGUUUUUACCUCUUCAAAUCAAGUCACAGCUUAUUUGACCCAAAAAAUUUAUCUUAUACCCAUAGAACAUCAAAAAAAUAAAAAUGUGUGCAAAAUAGCAACCAUUGGCUAUAUAGCCAAAUCUUUUGCAAAAAAUGGAAAAUUCAUUGCUCAUUUUGAUGAUGAUAUUUCACAUAUUAAGGACAAUAUAAAAUCGUACAUAGUCAUGAUUAAAUAUUACAAAGACAUUUUUACAAAAAGAAAAAUUUUUAUGUAA